GGUGCAGGUGGAGAGCACUCCUCUUCUACUGCCUUCUCCCCUCCCCCUCCUCCGGCUUUCAACUUUCCUGCCUCUCACCUCUUUGCAAAUCAAGCACCAAACCACACCAAAAGCUCAAUCCCAAUACCGUCAAAAUGGUCAAGGCCGUCGCUGUUCUCCGGGGUGACUCCAAGGUCACCGGCACUGUCACCUUCGAGCAGGCCUCUGAGUCUGAGCCCACCACCAUCUCUUGGGACAUCCAGGGCCACGACGCCAACGCCAAGCGUGGCUUCCACAUCCACACCUUUGGUGACAACACCAACGGCUGCACCUCCGCCGGCCCUCACUUCAACCCCCACGGCAAGACUCACGGCGACCGCGGCGACGAGAACCGCCACGUUGGUGACCUUGGCAACAUCGAGACCGAUGCCAAUGGCAACGCCAAGGGCUCCGUCCAGGACAAGCUCAUCAAGCUCAUCGGCCCUGAGAGCAUUGUCGGCCGCACUGUCGUCUCGCACGGCGGCACCGACGAUCUCGGCAAGGGUGACAACGAGGAAUCCCUCAAGACCGGCAACGCUGGUCCCCGCCCCGCUUGCGGUGUCAUCGGUAUCUCCAACUAGGAUAUACGAUAGCCUUAUGAGCAGAUAGCCCCCCAAAAAUAGGAUUGCGUCUCUGCAUGAUCUCAGUUCCAUCCCGUGUCCACAUGGUUACAAUCUAAAAUAGCACGAAAGCUUUGUGGCAAAGCUUUCCAGAUACUUUCACAAUGCUCCCAGUUCGGAACGGCAAGCGCGGAUAGAAACUAUGUGGCGACGAUCCAAUGAGCUCUUGUCAUGCUGUGACUAGGUGAAGCAAUUUCUAAGGAUUUAAACAGGCGUAUUAGAUGCAACAACUUCCCCGUACAAUUGUUUCAGACUGAGCGCGAGCAUGAUCAAACUUCUUGUCCACGCAUUGGAAGCC